AUUAUAGAUGGGGUGGGGGUAAAGCGAAAAAGAACAUCCUGCCGCCGAUGUUUUGCCCUAUUGUUAGGUGAUGUCGAGAAAAAUUAUGUUUUUUACGUGAUUUUUUUGUGGAAAUGUAUGCGAGCAAGUACAAGAAUUGUGUAUAUUUUUACUAAUAAUGCUCAUUUUGUUAAUCGAGAUGGAACAUCCGAGUCGUGAAAAAUAUAGUUUACGGUAAUAUCUGCUGAACGCAUUUAGUAAACUUAUAGGGGAACUCUUUGUCAUGGAUAUGCAGGCUCCCAAUGUUUAUGCGGCCACCAUCCCUGGUAUACCAGAAUUAGGGAUGGUGUGGAUGGGAGACAUGAUGGUACAUGGGGAACCGACACACGAAUUAAUGUUGGAUCCUCGUCAUGCAGAAAGUCCUUUCUUUCAACACGGUUCCCAUUCGUUCGAAGAUCUUAGAAAUCAUCAUCAUCAUCAGAUGCAACCAACGACGAUGGUUCGUUAUUUACCGCAACAAUAUCAUGGCGAGUGUUCUGAACCUGAUGAGGCGAUGGAAGCUGUUGACGUUCAGGAAAUGCAUCACUGUUACCCUCUAUUUCAGGAAUAUGAUCCACAAACGGAAAGUAAUGAAAUGACUGAGUACUUGACUUUGGAAGAUUACAUGACAGAGGAGGAUCGUGAACAGGUUGUAAAUAAUGCAGCGACACAGACGCAGGACAAUCGGAAUCGUAAGAUCAAACCCAUAAAGCAUCCUGGUCUUGUUCUUAAAACACCAAUAGCCUAUCAGCCUCAUACUGAUCUCAACUUUAUACCAAUUCGCAAGGACGGAAUUGCCGUUUGCGAGAAAUGUGGUGCCAUUGGAGUAAAACAUGCCUUUUACACUAAGGAACGUCGAUUUUGUAGUCGAGCUUGUGCACGAUCUUCAGAACACACAGCCCCCGCUGCAGAUUCUACAUACAGUCCGUCGCAUCUUAUUGAAAGUCAAAUAAUCGUCACUCCACCAUCGCCUGAAGCAACAAAAUCAGAAGAAGAAGUAAUGAUAUCUAAACAAGUUGAAGUAGAAAGAAGGGAACCGGAGAAAAAGGAUAAGGAUGUAAUAAAAUCCGAACCAGUGAUGCCAGAAGAUUUGCCUGUCCGGAGAAAAAGAACUGCAGAAAUGGAAGGCUCUUACGAUUGGACACCACAAUUAAUAGAACACGGAUUUUGUGCCGCCCCUGUUUCUUGCUUUAAACACGCGCCAAUAUCAGAAAUAUGGGACGACAUAACAGUGGGAAUGAAAGUAGAGGUUGAGAAUACAGAUUGUGAUGAGGUUUGUGAAGCUUUUCCCGAUUCCUUCUGGGUUGCAACGGUUCUUCGUAUUUCCGGAUACAGAGCACUCUUAAGAUAUGAAGGUUUCGGUCACAAUGCUGAAAAGGAUUUUUGGGUUUCGCUCUGUUCGAAUGAUAUUCACCCUGUCGGUUGGUGUGCCACAAUCGGCAAACCUCUGAUUCCUCCAAACACAAUAGCCAAUAAGUACAAGGACUGGAAGGACUUUCUCAAGAGAAGAUUAACAGGAGCCCGAACUCUACCCACUGAUUUCUAUAAUAAAGUGAAUGACAGUAUGAAAUCACGUUUCCGUUGCGGACUCCAGUUGGAAGUCGUAGAUAAGAAUCGAAUAUCACAAGUGAAAGUCGCAACAAUACAGAAAAUAGUCGGUAAACGAUUGCACGUGCGAUAUUACGAUUCACCACCUGAGGACGAUGGAUUUUGGUGUCAUGAGGAUUCGCCUUUGAUACAUCCAGUUGGAUGGUCGAGAAAAAUUGGUCAAACAUUGGACGCGUAUUCGGACUAUUUGGAUCGAAUGUCAAAGAAGCAAAAUUCCGAGGAUGACGCUACAGAGGAUAUAUUCUUUGUGCCAAAGAACCAUAUGAUACCUGGAUAUAAAUUUCAAGAGGGAAUGAAACUUGAAGCUAUAGAUCCACUUAAUCUUUCGGCAAUUUGCGCUGCAACUAUAAUGCGAGUAUUGAGGAAGGAUUUUAUUAUGAUUCGCAUUGAUAGUUAUGAUGAGGAUGCAAGUGGUGCCGAUUGGUUUUGUUAUCAUUCUUCAUCACCGUGCAUAUUUCCAAUUGGAUUUUGUGCUCAACAUGGUUUGCCACUAACUCCGCCCAAGGGUUAUGAUCCUACGACUUUUACUUGGGAUUCGUAUUUGACUGAAACUAAUACUGUACCUGCACCGAUGCAUCUAUUUAAUCACGAUGUACCGCAACAUGGAUUUAUCGAGGGCAUGAGACUCGAGGCUGCUGAUUUAAUGGAUCCUAGAUUAGUUUGUGUAGCUACAAUUACUAGAGUCAUCGGGAGGCUACUGAGGGUGCACUUUGAUGGAUGGGAGGAUGAAUACGAUCAAUGGCUGGAUUGCCAAAGUCCUGAUAUUUAUCCCGUUGGAUGGUGUGAUCUUGUCGAUCAUAAAUUAGAAGGGCCACGGGUUCUCAAUAAAACCACUAGUCCUACCGUGAAAUCACCAAGAGGCCUUAAACGUAAAUCUAAGCGAAAAAUGAAGCGAAGUGGAAAAUUACAUUGCGGAAGGCAAUUCCUUCCAAGACACAGUGAACGUAUUAAUCCAACGCGUGAAAGAGAUCGAGAGAGGAAACAGGAAUUAGAAUUAGAACCAGCUCAGGGUAUUAAAAUAGAAAGAGAUCACGAGUUGGAGAGUCUACCUGAGCAGGCGAGUAGAGAGCCUGAGCCAGCUGAAGAGCCAGCUGGUCCAGAUCAAACUCUUCCCAGUCCUUCGAGUUGUCAAGGUCGAGCCUUAAGUGAGACCCAGAGUAAUCUACAAAUCGUCCCACCUUCAAGGGAUCGAAAUGCAACUUUGUGUGUAAAUACUUCGUCAGUGAGCGAGAAAUACAUUCCAAGGCUAGCGGAUUGUCUACAAAAGUCUUCCGACGCCAAGGGAUUAGUACCAUCCGAAUGGAAUAUAAUCGACGUGGCUCAAUUCCUUCGUGUCAAUGACUGUGCAACAUAUUGUGACAACUUUAGUAAACGCAAAGUAGAUGGGAAGACACUUUUAAAUUUGACGAAGGACCAAAUUAUAGAUUUAACCGGUUUUAAAGUUGGACCUUCUCUUAAAAUUUACGAUCUAAUACAACAAUUGAAAAUCAAAGUGAAUCCAGCUCAGGAAAGGUUAAAGUUAGGACUAAAAAAAUUAUUUUAACAGAGCUAGUGUGUGGCUUUUGUAAUUUUUAAGUGCCAGCCUUAUUCAACAUGGAUUUACAAAAAAGAAACAGAAACUAAGGGGAAAUGAACUUUUUUCUGUAUGUAAAAAAAUGAUUCGUUUAUUUUAAUUCUCUUCAAUUUGUCCGCUAAAAUCUUUUCUUUGAUUUAAUUUAUUGAAAA